CAGGAUGUUGACAGCUGACUUGGAAGCAGAUUAUAGUCCUCUGACUUCAUCUCAUCAAAAAUCGCCAGUGGCAGAAACGGAUAUAACAAGAAAAAGACGCAUAAAUUUGUAUCGAGCUGCUCUACGAGGUGACUGCAGGUAUGAGAUACAUCCAGAUGAUAUAACAGCUAAGAUCUCUGAGAGAGAGGACACCGCUCUCCACAUUGGGGCUCUUGUAAACUCCUCUGAAUUUGCUAUAAAACUGCUCCUUAAGCUGGACAAACUAGAGGAUUUAGUUGUGAAAAAUAAUUCUGGCAAUACGCCUUUUUGUCUUGCUGCUGCUUCCGGAGAGUUAAAACUUGCCAAGAAAAUGAUACAAGUUGCCGAGAGAAUGGUAAACGAGAAGAAAUAUGGAAACUUAGAAAUUGCAAUGAUAAAGGAGAAUAAAUAUGAAAAGUUAGAAGAGGUGGAAAUGAUGAAGCAUAAUGGACAGAACCUAGCACGGGUGAAAGGUUUUGACGAUACGUCACCACUUUUGUUCGCAGUUUUCUUCGGUCGUGAAGAAAUGGUAUAUUGGCUUUAUAAUCUCACUAAAACCUCCCUAGAACAUGAUGAUCGUAUCAAAUUGCUUCUUGCUCUCAUAAGGAAUGGUUUUCACGAAUUGGCGCUGCAAUUGGUGGAGGAAGACACAAAGUUAGCUACUGCUUAUGAUGAAAAUAAUAAGCAAACAGCAUUACAUGCCUUGGUUGAAUUGCCUUUUGCCAAUCAACAAGGAGUUUGGAAUAGAAUCAAGAGAUGCAUCAAGCGCUAUCACACGCUGCAAUUGCUAGAUAAGUACAAAGAGUCAGAGUCACCCAAUCAACAAGGAGGUUGGGAAAAAAUAAAGAAAUGCUUCAAAAGAGUUUUAUGCAGUAUUGAAAAGAUGUCCCCAGAAAUGAAAUUAGUCCAACACGUUUGGAAACUAGCUGUAUCCGGGCAUGACUUUGAUCAUCAUUCAAGUGCAUUAGAAACUGCCCGAAAACUGGUAUUCGUUGCUGCAGAACGAGGGAACAUCGAGUUUCUGAAAAUACUUAUUCGUGAAUAUCCUGAUUUGAUAUUCCAAGUGGAUGAUAAUGAUUAUAGCAUAUUCCACUUUGCUGUUAAGUAUCGUCACGAGGAAAUCUUCAGACUCGUACAUGAAAUAGGCUCAGCCAAAGAUUUUUUAGUUUCCAAGAAAGAUAAGGGUGACAACAACAUCCUGCAUUUGGCCGGGAUGUUGGCACCAUCAGAAAGGCUCCAUAGUGUAUCAGGAGCAGCACUGCAAAUGCAGCGAGAAUUGUUGUGGUUUGAGGAAGUGAAAAAGCUUUUGUAUCCCUCGGAUGUUCAAGCUAAAAAUAAUGGAAAUUCACUGGUUGGUAAUAAUAAUGAUGGGAAAUCAACUCAGAAGGAAGAUGGAAAAUCUCCAAGAGCCUUAUUUAGUGAUGAACAUAAGGAAUUAAAGCAGAAGGGAGAGAAAUGGAUGAAAGAUACAGCAAACUACUGCAUGGUUGUGGCGGCUCUUAUUACCACAAUGGUUUUUGCUAUAGCUUUGGCUGUACCAGGUGGCACCAAUGCCGAGACAGGGAGUCCUAAAUUCCUUGAUAAAAUUUCUUUCAAAAUUUUUAUUGUGUCAGAUGCGAUUUCACUGGUAUUAUCCACUUGCUCCAUAUUAACCUUCCUAUCUAUUCUCACUUCUCGCUACGCAGAAGAAGAUUUCCUUGAGCCAUUGCCAAGAAAGCUGAUUGUUGGACUUUCAACUCUUUGGUUAUCAAUAGCAGCAAUGAUGAUAGUGUUUUGUGCUGCUAUUUUUAUUCUCUUCAAAGAUGGAGUAUUAUGGAUUCCCAUUCUUGUUACUGCAAUUGGUUCUUUGCCAAUCAUCUUUUUCAUUAAACAACAAGUGUGGCUCUUCAUUGAUGUGCUGUGUUCGACCUAUACAAGUAGCUCUAUCUUCAAGCCAAGAAAGGGUACUCUUUUAUUCGAAUAAACGGAGACAAUCAAGUCUUAGAAGGGGAGAUGAUUCAUUGUCUUCAUAAUGUAAUACUCUAGUUUGGAUGUAUGCUCUUAAGAUUGGUACGGUUGUGCUUGUCUAUUAGAACAGUACUAUUUCAUAUAGAUAAAUAAAGAAAUUGGAAU